AUGGACAGACGGCGUCACUUUACGGAUGAGGAGGAGAGUGGUCCCUUGGCGGAGCUGCUGAGGCGCCACGGGCCGUUUACCUUCGAGGCGCCUCAAGAAUCGCAUAUAGGGACUGAGGAGGAGGAGAGUGGUCUCUUGGCGGAGCUGGCGGAGCUGGUGAGGCGCCAGGGACAAGUUGAAGAGCCCAUUGUGGCAGCAGCCCUCGUGUGUCCGCCUACCCCACUUCUCAAGGUGCCUCGAGGCUCCAAUGAGAGCACUGGGCAGGCGCUGUUGAGGCGCCAGGGACAGCUUGAGGAGCUCGCCAUGGCGCCUUGCAUGUAUCAGCGUCGGCUGAAUGUGAACAGUAUGGCGGUAGCAGGCGUUGGUGGUGAUGUCGCUACCAUUGAUAAGUUUGGUGCAGCAUCGGCCUCUCUGGUGCAACAGCAGCAACUGGCGGUCAGAAGCUGGGUGGCACAGGCUGAGCUGGCAGGGCUGUCUCUGCCGCCCGAUUUGAUCCGAGAAUCUGCCCAUGCCGCCCGUUACGCGCAGAUGCAGAUGCGGAUGGAGGAGCAAGGGGGGAUGGGCGAUUCGCGUGUGCAUGAGAUGCUUGAGUAUUCUCAAGGGCACGCUGAGGUGGACAAACCAGCCCUGAAUUUUCCGGAGCAGCUGGAGGGUGGCUGCUUAGGCGUAAGCCAGGAGGAGGGGGGGGUGCUGGAGGGGAUGCUGAUGCUGGAAGCUUUGAUGUUGCAGGAUGGGGGGAUGCAGGAGGGAGGGAUGAUGUGGGGUGGAGGGAUGGAGGGAGCGAUGAUGCAGGAGGGAGGGACGAUGCAAAGUUGUUCUUUUGAGGCGCCUCUAGGGUGCACAGUACAGGAGGGACAAGGGAGCAACAGCAUGGACCCUGCAUUGUCAGGCGGCCUUGCCUGUCCCGCCAGCGCCUGCCUUAACUCACACGACGAUGCAUGUCUCGCAGCCUCCCCAGCAUCACGCCCUGCUGCUGCAGCUGCUGCUGCUGCUGCCUUGCAAGAGCCUCCUGCCACGUGGACGUCCCUGAUUGGUUCGGAGAAGGUACUGCAGUGGUCGAAAGUGAGGGGAGUAUCGGACGAGAGGGAAGUGAUUAAGGCAGAGUGGGCGGUGAGAAAGGAAGAGACGGGAGUGAAUGAGGCAAAGCGGAAAGAGGGCGGGUGGGAAGGGGAGGACUGGCGACCGCGCAUUCGAGCACGAUUGGAUGGGCAGGCGGUGGGGCUGGGGUGCAUACAGGCCAGGAGCAUGAAGGAGAGGCACCGCCGCGAUUGCAUCAGGUGA